AUGGCGAAAUACAAGUUACGAUUUAGGGACGUAUCUAGUGGCUUACAAAAAUUGAGAGAUUUCCUACUUGGUAGGAAACAUACUUUGCAUGGACGUUUUCCUCCUACGUUAGCUCCGAGGACCAUACCUCCUCCGGACAUUCCUCGUGGUCCCGACUACAAGUACUCCAAGCAAUACUAUUUUAAAAGGAAUGCAUUGGACUCUGUAAAACCUCCGGUAGUAGCGCCCGUUGCUGAAGGUCGGCCAUUGGCAAAGGGCACGGAGACCACAAAAAAUUUAUCAAAUGGUAAAGUUGAAAAUGUUGUCACAGCCACGAGUGUCAGAGAGCUGGAGAGUGCUGCCAACUUAGCUCUCAUCCAUAUAGUCGAGUGGGGCAGGAGCGUUAAGCUGGUCUUCGGUCCCACUAAGACUAAGCUAAUCACCAUCAGUACCAAGGCUAAGGUAGCCAGCAUUAACAUGGACGGACACCGUCUUUCCUUUGUGCCAGAGGUUAAACUGUUGGGUGAAAAACUAAACUUUGGGAAACACGUGAAACAAUCAAUAAGGCCGUGCGGAUCUUCAACAUGCUCUGCAUUACUCGAGACCCACAUGGGGAGCCCGUCCUGA